AUGAUAGCUCAAUAUGUUGUUAAUGCUUAUCAGACAUUGAUAUCAGCAGCUAAAAACAAUGAUCCUAAUCAACUUCCAAUGGAUAUUCCAAAACUCAAAGCUGAAGAUCUUAAAAAUUUAUUAAAUGUUGCUCAGAAUUUUUUCCAGUCUGAACCGAUAUUAUUUCGCCUUAAUGUAAAUUGUAUCAUUGUAGGUGAUUUGCACGGAAAUUUAAGAGAUCUACUUCGAAUUUUCGCUUUCAAUGGACUUCCACCUGAAAGAAAAUACAUCUUCCUUGGUGAUUAUGUUGAUCGAGGAGAGUUUAGUAUCGAAGUUAUUACUCUAUUAUUCAGUUUGAAGAUUCUUUUCCCAAAUGAUAUCUAUUUAAUCCGUGGUAACCAUGAAUUUAUGGAGAUCAACUCAGUUUACGGAUUCAAGGAUCAGGUUCUAGCCGAAUAUGAUGCUUACAUGUAUAAAGUAUUCAAUGAUUGUUUUGCAUAUAUCCCUCUCGCCUGCGUCUUAAACGAGACAUUUUUCCUUGUUCAUGGAGGAUUGAGUCCAUCUCUUUCCCAUGUUGAAGAACUUGAUGUAGUUCAGCGUCCAAUUUACACACUUAACGAGCAGAUGCUUCAAAAGUCGUUUAUCGCCGAUUUGCUCUGGAGUGAUCCUGGCGAUUCCAACGUCAUGUACGUUAAGAAUUACCGUGGCUAUGGAUAUCUUUUCGGUCCAAUGGCUGCAUUAUCUUUUCUACGUACAAAUAACUUGAAGCGUAUCAUCAGAUCGCAUCAGUGUGUUAAUGCAAUCCAGAAGGCCCAUGGAAAUACUGUUAUUACUGUAUUUUCAACAAGUAAUUAUUCUAAGAAAGCCAAAAAUACAAGUGGUAUAUUAGAAAUUACUGGACAAGACGUUAACACAUACAUAUAUGAUGCUCAAGACCAGUUUAAGAAAUCUGAUGCAAGUUACAGAAUUAUUGAAGCUGUUGAAAGGUCUCCUCUCUGUUUCUGCAACAAGUUCAAUUCUGUUAUUCAGCCAAAAGCUCGCAAGCGAAGGGCUACAGUUGAUGAAAUGCAAAAAUCCGAAAAUCGCAAAUCUAUUACACCACAGUCUUCUCUUCCAAGAUUAAUAUGUACUCCUACAAAAGGUGAGCGUUUAUCAAUGAAUUAUAGCUCAGGAAUCCAGUCAAUUUUAUUGAAUUCCAUGUAA